UUGCACUUUUUUAAAUGGCGGUGAAGAAGUUUUAGAUUUUUGGGGGGUGAGGGGCUGGCCUUUUUUGUUCCGCUGGAGAAUCCUGCUUGAACCGUGGGCAGGAGCAUCACACGGACGACAAAUCACAGCACCGCGGACAAUCGGCCAAAUCACGGAGGAAGCCACGCUGCGCGGUUGGAGAAAAGCGGCUGGAAUUAAGACGCUAUCUCCCUCCAGCUCCACCGUUAGCAGCUCCGGGGUCAACGGGCAAAUCAGCCGUUAGCCUCAAGUCCUCUCCGGGUCUGGGGGGGAUCUGGUAAGGGGCAGGGGGCGGGGGUACACCGAGGAGGGUGAAGACUACAGGCCGAGAGGAGGGGGCUGGAAGUCUGAGACGCCUCCAGCCUGAAGGGGCCGGCGGUUUGGCCACAGCACCCCGGAGUAGCUAGCUUGUACAGCGCGGCUAAGUGAAUGGGAUGGAGCCGGGACCGUCUGGCGCUGUGCCCUUGGGGGUCUUCCCCCCGCCCCUGCAGCAGGUGUUCCAUGCCCCCCGCCGGCCAGGCAUGGGCACCGUGGGCAAGCCCAUCAAGCUGCUGGCCAACUACUUUGAAGUGGAAAUCCCAAAGAUGGACGUCUAUCACUACGAGGUGGACAUUAAACCUGACAAGUGCCCAAGACGAGUCAACAGAGAGGUGGUGGAGUACAUGGUCCAGCAUUUUAAGCCCCAGCUCUUUGGUGACAGGAAGCCGGUGUAUGACGGCAAGAAGAACAUUUACACGGUGCUAGCGCUUCCUAUCGGGAGUGAGAAGGUGGAUUUUGAGGUAACUAUCCCCGGUGAGGGUAAAGAUCGAAUCUUCAAGGUGUCCAUUCGUUGGCUGGCCAAGGUGUCAUGGCGCCUGCUGCAGGAGACGCUGGUCAGUGGGCGGCUGCAGGUCCCCCUCGAUUCGGUUCAAGCCCUGGAUGUGGCGAUGCGUCACUUGGCCUCUAUGAGGUACACUCCAGUGGGCCGCUCCUUCUUCUCCCCACCUGAAGGGUACUACCACCCACUGGGUGGAGGCAGGGAGGUGUGGUUUGGCUUCCAUCAGUCCGUGCGUCCCGCCAUGUGGAAGAUGAUGCUCAACAUCGAUGUGUCGGCCACGGCCUUCUACAAAGCUCAGCCUGUGAUUGAGUUCAUGUGUGAGGUUUUAGACAUCCGCAACAUCGACGAGCAGCCCAAGACACUCACAGACUCUCAGAGGGUUCGCUUCACUAAAGAAAUUAAAGGCCUGAAGGUGGAGGUGACACAUUGUGGACAAAUGAAAAGGAAAUAUCGUGUAUGCAACGUUACUAGACGCCCUGCCAGCCACCAAACGUUUCCCCUCCAGCUUGAAAGUGGGCAGACGGUAGAAUGUACUGUGGCCCAGUACUUCAAGCAGAAGUACAACCUGCAGCUGAAAUACCCCCACCUGCCUUGUCUACAGGUGGGGCAGGAGCAGAAGCACACCUACCUUCCCCUGGAGGUGUGUAAUAUUGUAGCCGGUCAACGAUGCAUCAAGAAACUCACCGAUAACCAAACCUCCACUAUGAUUAAAGCCACGGCGCGCUCGGCUCCCGACAGACAAGAGGAGAUCAGCAGGCUGAUGAAGAAUGCUAACUUCAAUCUGGACCCGUACAUCCAGGAGUUUGGGAUCAAGGUGAAGGACGACAUGGCCGAGGUGACGGGUAGGGUGCUGCCGGCACCGAUCCUGCAGUACGGAGGACGGAACCGGGCCAUAGCUACCCCCAACCAGGGAGUGUGGGACAUGAGAGGGAAACAGUUUUACAACGGCAUCGAGAUCAAAGUUUGGGCCAUUGCAUGCUUUGCCCCUCAGAAGCAGUGCAGAGAGGAGGUGCUCAAGAACUUCACAGACCAGCUGCGUAAAAUCUCUAAGGAUGCUGGGAUGCCCAUCCAAGGCCAGCCGUGCUUCUGUAAAUACGCCCAGGGCGCAGACAGCGUGGAGCCCAUGUUCAGACACCUGAAGAACACCUACUCUGGACUCCAGCUCAUCAUCGUCAUCCUGCCGGGGAAAACCCCGGUCUAUGCUGAGGUGAAGCGUGUAGGGGACACUCUCCUCGGCAUGGCGACUCAGUGUGUUCAGGUGAAGAACGUGGUGAAGACGUCACCCCAGACGCUCUCCAACCUCUGCCUCAAGAUCAACGUGAAGCUGGGAGGCAUAAACAACAUCCUGGUGCCUCACCAGCGGUCGGCAGUGUUUCAGCAGCCGGUUAUCUUCCUGGGAGCAGAUGUUACUCACCCUCCAGCUGGAGACGGCAAGAAGCCCUCCAUUACUGCUGUGGUAGGCAGCAUGGACGCCCAUCCCAGCAGAUACUGUGCCACGGUGCGCGUCCAAAGGCCCCGGCAGGAAAUCAUCGAGGAUUUAUCCUACAUGGUGCGCGAGCUCCUAAUUCAGUUCUACAAGUCGACCCGCUUCAAGCCCACCAGGAUCAUCUUCUACAGAGAUGGCGUUCCCGAGGGACAGCUGCCACAGAUCCUCCACUACGAGCUUCUGGCCAUCAGGGAUGCCUGCAUAAAGUUGGAGAAAGACUAUCAGCCUGGCAUCACCUACAUCGUGGUACAGAAACGACACCACACACGCCUCUUCUGUGCUGAUAAGUCCGAAAGGAUUGGGAAGAGUGGGAACAUCCCUGCAGGGACCACAGUGGACACCAGCAUCACUCAUCCCUUUGAGUUUGACUUCUACCUGUGCAGUCAUGCAGGCAUACAGGGUACCAGUCGGCCGUCUCACUACUACGUCUUAUGGGACGAUAAUCGCUUCACGGCGGAUGAGUUGCAGAUUCUAACCUACCAGUUGUGCCACACGUAUGUCCGUUGUACCCGCUCAGUUUCCAUCCCCGCACCAGCCUACUAUGCCCGUCUCGUGGCCUUCCGCGCUCGCUACCACCUGGUAGACAAAGAACACGACAGUGGAGAGGGCAGCCAUGUUUCCGGCCAGAGUAACGGCCGGGACCCCCAGGCGCUGGCUAAAGCUGUUCAGAUUCACCACGACACUCUGAGGACCAUGUACUUCGCCUGAGCAUCGCUCCCACCACCUCACUUCUACCUGAGCGGGCCUGAAAGCCUGCUCCCGCCUCAUCCCCAUCCCCAUCCCUGACUCCCACCACACACACACCCUCUGUCGGUCCGUCACUCACUCAUCUCCUGUAAACACAGCCAGACUCUGCAGCCUCAUGCACUCAAAGUUUAAAAUAUUUUUAUUCUCAUGUUUUCAUUUUUUUAAUUUUUUUAUCAUGAUGGUUGAUUUUUUAUGUAUUUUUUUAUUCUUCAAACAUGGACAUGGUUAUGUAAUUGUAUUGUACGCUACCUUUACACUCCUAUCUAAGUAAGUAUGCAAUACGGAUGGGAGGAAAAAUAGAUGAUCGAAAGGGGAAAAAGAAAUUCCUAAAACUUUUUUUAACUGCCACCACAAUGCUGCCUCUUGUCCCAUCCAAAAGCCGGAUGCCGGUGUUCCAACCCUUUAGCUUGGCGAUCCGCCAGAUGGGUGGUACUGAGCACGCACACUUACGUUUAUGUUAUUUUUUUAAUGUUUUCAUGAACUACAUUCAUGUUUUGUGAUGCUUUUGUAAUAAUGUUAUUUUCUUAAAACGCCUUGAUGAGCCUGAGGGAUGGUACAGUAGCACUUAGCGUUAGCAUGUAGGUGCCACCGGUCCUGCACAUAAAGAAUUGUAGUCGUUCGAGGCUAGCCCUCUGGUCGUUAUUAGCAGACAGGAGCAGGUGUAGCGAUCCUAGGUGCUGUGGCACUCUCAGUCCCGAUUGGCCAGUCCCUAUAGAGAGCUUAGCAUAACAGUAGAGGGACCAUUUGCAUAGAGUGUAUCAAAUAUACUUGCACCCCAUGCACCUAAACCAGCAUUAUUAACCAGCCAAAAGUGAUGCCACCCAGUUUAAAUAGGAGGCACUUAAAUGGGAAGACUUUGUCUGUAUUCACUGCUCUUUAAGGAUUUUAGGCACUUUUUUUUUUGUUUACGUAUAAUUUUACAUAAAAAAUUAUGAACUUUUUUUUUCUGCAAGACUUGAACCACACUAGCUUAGAGUUUCACACCCACACUUGAGUUGCACUCAGAAAUAAAGCAAUAAGCAAGGUCAGCACUGUUGUGCACACUUGGAAACAGGCGAGUUUGUGAUCGCCCGAGUGCUGCGAGGCUGAACCUCCAUUCAGCUGGCGACCUUGCUUCGCUCGUCCUGCAUAUUCCUACUUGUAUCAGUGGAGAUGACGCCACGCGGUGCAUUUUUUCACACUUCCGUUCUCAAAACUUCCUUGCAUAACUGCACACACCAAACUACGACCGGUCCUGUUUUUACUCGGCGCUCUUCCUGCUGCAGGCGUUUACAACUCAUAGCUUGGGUAAUGAAAGCACACGUUGAUUUGUUUCUUAACAUGCAGAGGUAGAACACGCUCAUGCAAACUGUUGCUCUUUGGCCUCGCCACCACGUUCUGUCUUUUGCCAUUUGUUUUUCAUGUUUUGGCUCCACAUGCAUUCAGCAUCCCCUGUUCCAAUCCCCUAAUCUGUGUUAGCCAAUCCCUAUUGGUGCUCUGUGUGCAUGGGCGUCAUAGACAGGGGAUUGCUCAUUGGACAGGGUGGGCCUCUGUUACUACAUUUCAAUAUGCCCUGCCUUCACAUCAGCUCACUGUCUGGAUCUAUGAGAAAAAAAAGCAUGUAACUAUUAUUUUAACUGGACUGGAUAUUCUGAGCCACCUUCUGUUGGUUUUCUUAGAGGUAGGAGCCUUGUGCUCAACACUGCCUGUCAGUUGUUUUGCCUCUGUUGUGUAACAGUUAUUGAAACUGAUAUAUUUUUUGUCAUUAUUAUAAAUAUUGUGACUAUUGUCAGUGUAUCCUCAAGAGGGCACUGUGGAGAUGGUGUCUAAAUUCCACCUCAGGUGCCCUUAAAGCGCCUCAAAUCUCAUCUGAUGGGCAGAAGCCCUUAAAGUCUAGGAAGGAUCUGAUAAAAAAAAGAACACACUAGAUCAGAUGUUCGAUUUUAAAAUCAUAUUUAUAAAGUUGCAUAAUCCGAAUGCCUUCGUACACCGGUUUACUGAUCCUCCAUAGUGUCCAAGGUGAUUUGUAUAUAUUAAUAUAUAUAAUAUGUACAUGUUCUAUAUUUUGGCCCGACACAUGCUGGGUCUUUCACAGUUGAGGCCAGUGUUUUACUCUGCGUUCUGUACUUAAAGAAGUCUGGGGUACUCCUCCGCACCACUAAAACCAGAUGCAGUUCUUCACGUACUGAAGCCACAAAAGCACCUUGCCAAGGGGGACACAAAAAUGGUCUCCCUGGAAAUGUAUCGUGGACAGCGGAGAGUCGAGUCCUCUUCGCACAACCUCACGGUCCGAUUAAGCAAUAUCAAAGCCACUGAUCAAGAACAGUCCUCAACAUAGCACUUCCCAAUAGAUAUGAAUGAAAGGACAUGGAAGCAUAUUACUUAAGUUCUGUGUGUGAUAGUGUUGGAACUCUGUCGGGGAGGGUUAUUUUUUAAUAAAAAAAUAAAUUGUUUUUUAUUA